AAAUUUUCAAUUUUUAAUCUACUAACUUUCAGUUUCAACGGCUAGUUUUUUCAUUUCGAAAACGAAAGAUCUCUCUCCAAUUCCUUUCUGGUUUGGUUUUUAUCUCACACGAAAAGCAGUUAGUGCACAGUAACGGUAACUUGCUAUUGGUGUCUCUCUUUCUCUCCAUUUCCAUUUCACCAUCUUCACUCCAACGCUGCACUUUCUUCUACACCUCAAUCAAGCCAGACCAGGUUUGUCUUGAAUGUCUUAAAUGUGAAAAGAAAUGGGCAAGGUUUACGAAGAGCUCGAUGACGCAAAAGCAGAAAUAGAGGAACUGAAGGCAGAACUUAGAGCUAAGACAGAUUUACUUGAGAACUUGAAGAAAUCCCAUAAUGCACAGAUCAAACAGAUACAGGAAGCAAAGUUCAAAGCUGAGAAGCUGGACCAAAAACUGCUUCAACAGGAAGAUGAAAUCUCUGAGGCAAAGCUAGAAUGUGAAGAUCUCAAAGGGAAUUUGAAUAGAAAGGAGACAAUAAUCAAACAUCUCAGUGCUACAAAUGAUAAACUUCGAGCGGAUUGUGAUGACAAGUUGAAAAAGUUGGAUGAAGAAAAAAGAGGGUUGCUGUUGGCCUUAGAGGAGGAAAAUGAGAAGACACAGAACCAGGAACAACAGAUUUAUAUGUGCAAACAAGAUAUUGAAAGACUGAAAGGUUGUCUUUUGGUUUCAAAGGACAAGUCUUUGGAAUCAGAGAAAAAAAACAGAGUAUCCAAAGAACUAAGAGAAAGAGAUGACAUGCUCCAGAAAUUAGAGGAGGAAAGCAGGAAGGUGGAAGAUCAAUUAAAAUGGAAGAAAGAACAGUUUAAGCAUCUAGAAGAAGCACAUGAUAGACUUCGUCAGCAGUUUAAGUCUUGCAAGAAGGAGUGGGAGAUGGAACAAUCUACAUUGAUAGAUGAGAUUUCUUCACUUCAGACAAGGUUAGACUCUCAGACCAGAAUAUCAGAGGAUUUACAACACCAGAUACACUCUUGCCACCAAGCUCUUGCUCAUGUAGAAAGCCAGAAAAAGCGGCUGGAAGUCGAAGUUUCUAAUCUUAAGGUGGAGCUUGACGAUGCUAGCAAUAAGUACCUGGGUUCUAGGUUACAGCUAGAUUGCUUAAACACUGACCGUGACGAAGAUAUUGCAGAUUUGAGAUAUUUGCUAAAAACAAAAGAGGCGUAUAAUAAAGAGUCAAAAUACAGAAUUGAUAAGCUAGAGCAAGAAAAUCAAGAGCUGCGAAUGUCUCUGAAAGAACUCCAGGAAGCUCAAAUUCAAGAGGCAGGAGCUUCAUAUUCGCAUUCAAAGUUGCGGUCCAGGCUCAGAAGUUUGGAACAAACUCAUAGAGAGUGUUCCUCUUCUUUAAAGGCUAAAGAAGCUGAGUGGAACUUAAAGCUAAAACAGUUGACAGCAGACCUAAAUACAUGUCAAUCUGAGUUGGAAACUAAAAUUGAAGCAGUUGAAGGCCUCCAGAUGGAACUAGAAAGGUCUCAUUCUUUAUCCAUUGAGAUGAAGUUAUUGAAUGAGGAGAUGUCUGUGAUGCUGUUAGUGUUGAAACAGGGAAUUUCUGAGGCUCAUUUGAAGCAUGUUAGUGAUAAGGAUGAGAUGGACCUCAUCAACAAAGCGAGAGAAGAGGAGAUUUUUCAACUGAUGAAACAGUUGGAGAUGAAAGACGCUGCUUUGAUGAGUGCCCAGAAAAGCCUAAAUGAAGAACGUGAGAUAGCAGCAUGUUUUAGAGAGGGUGAGUGUAAUGCAUUCAACAAUGAACUACUGCAAAAUGAGCUGGAGGAAUCAACUAUGAGUCAGCUGAUUCUCAAAGAGAAGGUUUUGCAUAUGGAAUGUAACUUUAAAGAACAGCUUAAAGAAAUUCAUGAUGCUUUAGACAGUGUAAUCCUUGAAUUGGAUGAGACAAUAUGUGAAAGAAAUGAAGUGGAAUUUGAAUUGCAAAUAUGGAAGUCAAUUGUUGAGCGCUUGAAGAAUGAACUAGAAGAAAAUCUUGUGGUGCGUAGAGAACUGGAAGCAUCACUUCUUGUACAAGUAGACUUUGGCGAAAGCCUCAAGCAAGAGAAAGACAGCUUGGUUUAUAUGUUAGAAGAGAAAGAGAGGAGCCUAAAUUAUCAGCACCAACAAGUUGAGCUAUUGGAACAUGAACUAAGAGCGAGGGGAGAAUCAGGAGAGUCCAUUGAAUCUGAUAAUGUCAGAUAUCUCCAGAUGAUAGCGGAAAAGGACAAGAUUCUAGAAGAGCUCCAGAAAGAAUUUGAAAAAACUUUGAUUGAGAAAGGCACAAUAGAAAGAACCUUUGAGGAUGAGAAAAAUAAUGUUGUCCAGCUUAUGAAAGGAAAAGACAAGAGAAUGGAUGAACUUAUGCAGCAAGUGACUUCACUGGAGCAGCAGUUCACUGACUCGUUGACCACCUUUUCUUUACAGCUUUCUGAGAAACAGGCUGAAAUUAAUCUUGUCCGGGAAGCUUGUGACAAGAUUACAGAGUCUCAGAUUCUAGCUGCUCUUGAAAUUGAAGAGAAGAAGUUGAUGGUAGUGCAACUUGAGGAUGACAUUCGUGCUAUACAGCAGAAACUGAAAUUGCAGGAGGAAAACUGGACCCGAUCAGAGCAACUUGCAUUGGUUACUGAAGUAGAAUUGCGUGCAAAACAAGCCAAAGUAAUGGAGUUGAAUGAUGCUUUGCUUCAGAAACUCAAGAUAGAGAAUGGAAAGUUGCUUGAAAAUGCUACGGGACUAUCAUCAGAAAGGGAAAGCUUGUCAGCUUUCAUUCAGGGAUUCAGUGACAAAAUCAGUGCGUUCUCUGCUGAAGACACUCUAUUAAUGGACAGGUUGAGAAGCAUGGUGCAGUCUUUUGAGAAUGGUAGUCCAGUAAUAGAUUUGAAAACAGAUGGUGGUUUCCAUGUAAAGGAGAAUAUGUUUAUUCAGUCUCCCACGAGGAUGAAGAAACUUGAAGCCAACUCUGGUACUAGAUCACCAUUCAAGGAGCUAAAUUUGUUAGAAGAGUAGGAAUGUGUCCAGUCUUGUAUUUUCAGCAAAAAAGGUCAUCAUGAUCAUUCUUUGCAUGUGUCGUCAGUCUUGUAUUUCCGACAAAAAGAUCAUGUAGUUACUUGACCAUUCUUUGGAUUGUAUAUGGCAUUUAUUUAUUUGUAUUUCA